AGUCAAGAGAGAGAGAGAGAGAGAGAAAGAGAGAGAGAGAGAGUCAGUCAGAGAGAGUGAGAGCAAGAGAGAGAGCGAGAGUCAUAGAGAGAGAGAGAGAGAGAGAGAGAGAGAGAGCAGUAGAGCUAGAUUGUGGGAGAGGGAGAGAAACAGGGAUAUGUGUUCUUCUCAAAUACAUACAUAUACACAGUGAGAGAGAAAGAAAGACUCUCUCUCUCCUCUCAGCACGUACCCCCCCCCACACACACAUGAACAUGAUCGCACUCACACUCUCACACAUACAUACACUCACAGACGCACUCUUGCUUUAGGGUACCAGGCGGCUUGGUGUUCUUCUCCUUUGUUGUUUUUGUCAUUCAUCAGUCUUGGUACGGUGUGCUGUGCUGUGUGAGUCUCGCUGGCUGAGGAGUCUGUCUGCGUGGCUGUCUGAGAAUGCCAUCUACACUACGCCGACUCUCAAGUCAAAAUUAUUUGCAUACAGGAGGACAUGAUAAGUUUUCAGGGAGCAGUGUGAGUAUGUGAGGGGUAAAGAACGAGUGGGAUAAAAGAUAAGUAAAGAAAGAAAGAAAGAAAGAAAGAAAGAAAGAAAGAAAAAGAAAGAAAGAAAGAAAGAAAGAAAGAAAGAAAGAAAAAGAAAGAAAGAAAGAAAGAAAGAAAGAAAGAAAGAAAGAAAGAAAGAAAGAAAGAAAGAAAGAAAGAAAGAAAGGAGGACGGACAUACUGGAGCAUAAAGAAGUUUGGGAGAAGACUGCAUUCUGAGACUGAAAAUGAAUUUGGAAGAGUGGUGAGCUCUUUUUCUCCAGUUUAACGUUAACUAUCUUGGGCCACGGAGGAAGCAGAGGUCUGGACCAAAGAGAAAUCUCACCCCAAACCAUUUCAGAUGGAGGUGGAUGCAGAUGAGAAGCGCCAUCGAACACGCUCCAAAGGUAUCCGAGUGCCUGUGGAAGCAGCGAUACCAGAGCUGUUCAGCUGUCCGACACAAGGCUGUGAUGGGAGUGGACACGUCAGCGGCAAAUAUGCAAGACAUCGAAGGACAGUGACCCGAAACUCACCUCCAGGUUAUUUGGCCAAGAAGGAGAGUUAUGGAGUUCUGCAUCAGAUGUCUUGGCCUCCACAAUCACCCGACCUCAACCCAAUUGGACUGCAGAGUGAAGGAAAAGCAGCCAAUAAGUGCUCAUUUUAUGUGGGAGAUCCUUCAAGACGAUUGGAAAAGCAUUCCAGUGUGUACGGCUGCCCUCUGGCCAAGAAGAGGAAAACAGUGGACAGACAGCCUCUGGAACCCCUGGAAGUGCUGGAGCCCAUACUGGAACCUCUUGAACCAGCAUCCAAGGGGACACCACUCAUAACCCAGAUGAACAACUCUACUAUGGAGGAGAGCUACGAGACGGACGGAACGGAGGAGAUGGAUGAUAGAGAGGAGGAGGUGGAGGAGGGAGUAGGGGAUGGGGGAGAUGAGGAAGAGGAGGAGGUAGAGGAUGAGGAAGAGGAGAGAUACUCGGAUGACAAUGAGGAACAGAUGGAGCAGGAAGAAGGAGAUGUGGAGAGAGGGGAGAGAGAGGGGGAGGAGGUAGAUGUGGAACAAGAAGAGGAGGAGGAGGAGGAAGAGGGAGUAGAAGAGGAGGAAGAGGAAGAAGAUGAGGAAGAGUAUGAGGAGGAGUUUGAUGAGCAGAGUCAAGGCAAAGAGGAUGAUCAGUGUGUCGGCAGUGGCGGUCAUCCCAGAUCCGGUCCGACGGGGGAGAAGGACGACAACAACAACGAUGAAUAUGAGAACUAUGAUGAGCUGGUGGCCAAGUCACUGCUCAACCUAGGGAAGAUAGCAGAGGAUGCCGCCUACCGCGCCAUGACCGAGUCUGAGAUGAACAGCAACUCCUCCAACAGCGCCGAAGAGGAGGAAGAGGAGGAGGAAGAAGAAGAGGAGGAUGAGGAAGAAGAGGAAGAAGAGGAGGAGGGUGGCGAGGAAAGUCAACGGAAGGGUGAGUUGACUCUGGAUGUGGACAGUGAUGUAGUGAGGGAGACAGUGGACUCUCUGAAGCUGCUGGCCCAGGGUCAUGGGGCUGUGCUCUCUGACAACCUGGAUGGAGGAGACUAUGAGGAAGGGACGGAGGAGAACGGGGAAGGGAGUCGUAAUGGAGGAGGUGGUAACGGUCAGGGUAAACCCUCUAACAGACUGGAGGAGAGUGAUGAGGAGGUGUGUCUAAGCAGCCUGGAGUGUCUGAGAAACCAGUGCUUCGACCUGGCCCGCAAACUGAGUGAGACGCAGCCGGCCGACCGCUUGGGCACAGGCCUCCCCCAUCAGAGCUACCCUGGCGGUGGGGACACCCAGGGGCAGCACCCACAUCUCAACCCCCACCCCCACUCCCUCCCACACCAGCCUUGGUACGGGGAUCUCCAGCAGAGCCAGGAGGAGAGGCGCACCCUGGAGAGGAACUACUCCGACAUGGUCAACCUGAUGAAGCUGGAGGAGCAGCUGAGCCCGCGCUCCAAGGCCUUCUCCAGCUGCUCUCAGGACGACCGCUACCACAACCACAUCCACGACCGGGACGAGGACACACGGUCGGUGACGUCAGACCACUCGGAGGAGGUGUUCGACAUGACCAAGGGGAACCUGUCUCUGCUGGAGAAGGCCAUCGCGCUAGAGUCUGAGAGGGCCAAGGCCAUGAGAGACAAGAUGGCUGCCGAGGCUGCGCGGAGGGACAGGGUGAGGUAUCAUCAUCACCAUGGAGGCCAUCAUGGGGAGCACCAAUCACGGCACGGCUACGGAGAGGAGCGCAAGGCCCGACUCCAUGAUGGGAUGAAGAAGCCCUACUACCAUAAAGAUUUAUCGCGCAGUGACAAGAAGGAGAGCCGGUGCCCGACGCCAGGCUGUGAUGGCACGGGUCAUGUGACGGGGUUGUACCCUCACCACCGGAGCCUGUCUGGCUGUCCGCACAAAGACAGGGUACCACCUGAAAUCCUUGCUAUGUAUGAAAAUGUUCUUAAGUGUCCUACACUGGGCUGCACGGGACGCGGCCAUGUCAAUAGCAACAGGAACUCCCACAGAAGUUUGUCAGGGUGUCCCAUCGCUGCAGCAGAGAAGCUGCAGAAAGCCCAGGACAAGAGCAUCUGUUGUGACGGCUCCUCCAAGUCUAACCAGGGUUCUGACCGCGUGCUCAGGCCUAUGUGCUUUGUGAAACAGCUGGAGAUCCCUCAGUACGGCUACAAGAACAACGUGUCCACCAGCACGCCACGCUCCAACCUGGCCAAGGAACUGGAGAAGUACUCUAAGACCAGCUUUGACUACAGCAGCUUCACUGACAGCAGCCACAGCAACAAUGUCUACGGCAAACGGGCCAUCGCACCCAAACUCCAAGGCAGGGACACUUCCCCUAAAGGAUAUGACGCCAAGCGCUACUGUAAGAACUCCAGCUCGGCAAGUAGCACGACCAGCACCUACGCCCCCAGCAGCAGCAGUAGCAGCCUGAGCUGUGGAGGAGGGGGCGGAGGGGGAGGCAGUAGUGCCAGCUCCACCUGUAGUAAGAGCAGCUUCGACUACACCCACGACAUGGAGGCUGCCCACAUGGCUGCCACGGCUAUCCUCAACCUGUCCACGCGGUGCAGAGAGAUGCCCCACGGCCUGGGAGGAAAACCCCAGGAUCUGUGUACUCGGAACCCAGACCUAGAGGUAGAUGAGAACGGUACGUUAGACCUGAGUAUUAAGCAGCGUUUGGGGGAUGGAGUGGGUGCAGUGCUUACCCCCCUGGAGCCCAUGUCGCCCCAGCGCCUGAUGCGCUACGGCAUGGGGGAUGACUGCUGGGACCUGCCAGUUGAUUACACCAAGAUCAAACGUAUCGACGAGGACAGCAAAGAGACAAAUGACCUGGACCCAUUCCAGGAGCUGCUGGAGCAGCGAGGUUACUCUGAUGAUGUCACCAUGCACAGCACCAAGCCCAAGUACGCCCAGUGCAAAGAGAGCAAGAAGGACCUGAUAACUCUCUCUGGCUGUCCUUUAGCCGACAAAAGCAUUCGAAGUAUGAUGGCUACCAACUCACAAGAGCUCAAGUGCCCGACACCGGGGUGCGAUGGUUCUGGGCAUAAUACUGGCAACUACGCAUCACACAGAAGUCUAUCAGGGUGUCCGCGGGCCAGGAAGAGUGGAAUAAAGAUAACACACAGUAAAGAGGACAAGGAGGACCAGGAGCCCAUCAGGUGUCCGGUCCCGGGCUGUGGCGGUCAGGGUCAUGUGACAGGGAAGUAUGCAUCUCACCGCAGUGCAUCAGGCUGCCCCCUAGCGGCCAAGCGGCAGAAGGACGGUUACAUGAAUGGCUCCCAGUUCACAUGGAAGGCUGGGAAGACAGACGGCAUGUCCUGUCCCACCCCGGGCUGUGACGGCUCGGGUCACGUCAGUGGGAGCUUCCUCACACAUCGGAGUUUGUCGGGCUGUCCUCGUGCCACCUCUGCCAUGAAGAAAGCCAGACUGUCUGGACUGUCUGAAAUGCUAACGAUAAAACAGCGCACCAGCAACGGAAUCGAAAAUGAGGAAGAAAUUAAACAGCUGGAUGAAGAAAUCAAAGAUUUAAGUGAAUCAAAUUCACAAGUGGAAGCAGAUAUGAUCAAACUUAGAACACAGAUUACCACAAUGGAGUCUAAUCUGAAGUCAAUAGAGGAAGAAAACAAGAAACCGCUGGCACACAAAGAGGCUUCCAUUAGAAAUAACAGCUGCUUACAGAUGCAUCAGAGAGAGCCGAUCAGCGAUCAGAACUUUGAUGCUUAUGUGACCACUCUAACAGACAUGUACACUAACCAGGAGCAUUACCAGAGUCCAGAGAACAAAGCCCUGUUGGAAAACAUCAAACAAGCAGUGCAAGGAAUCCAAGCGUAACCCAGCCCGCUACCAAGCCCAGCAAAUGACAGAGCAUCUUCUCAAAGAGGAGUGAAAGAAAUCAACAAUCGCAAAAGAGCUAGAAGUGACAUGAUAGGAUGAUGCCUCAUGGUUUGCUGCUGUAACAUAUCAUACAGUGUUACAUAUUGGCUUUCAUUCUUAAAAAAAAAAGAAAUGUUAUGCUUAGAAAAAUUCAUAAUGAUUUUUCUUUUUGGUCUUGCUUUGAAGAAAAAAAUAAAUAAAUGACAAAAUAGUUUUUGAAAACAUUCACCUUUUGUACGUUUUCAUACUGUAUGAGCUGACAUAGUGUGAUGUAAUGUUUGUAACUGCUCACGUAUGCACAUUUUUUGUGCAUAUUUCUGAACAGUAAGCUGUAUAACAUAAGACAGUGCUUGAUGAUGAAGCAUUUUAGAUGAAAAAGCUGCACUGGACAGUGAAUUUUUUAUUUUUUAUUUAAAUGGGGGAACUGCACGAAGGUAGCUACUUUUCAAUGAUGUUUUCCUCAAUGAAAGACUUUGGAAUCCUAAAGAUGUUUGUUUUUUCUUGUUUGCAGAUUGUUGAACAGCAAGACUUGGUUGCAAAUUACUUUAUGUUUAACAAUGCUUGAAACAUUCUUUGUCUUCUUUUUUAAAGUUUGGUAGCUAUAGGUGGGGGCAUUUUUUAUGUGUUGGAAAUGAGUAUGGAAAGAAACUGACUUGAUGUUUGUAUGAAUGUAACAGUUUAUUGUAAACAUCAUGACACGGAAACCCAAUGGUGAAAAUCCCAUUAUCUAGAAAGUACUAUUCACUCUUGAUAUUUUGUGUUUGUAGAUACCCAUUGGUGAUGUAUAAUGGCAAUAGAGUACGCAGGACUCAUUCUAGCAUUUAGUAGUUAGUUCUGUUUCAAAUUUCGAAACUUCUGUUGCUAGAAUCGGGCAAUGUCUCAGCAAUAUAUAUCUAAAUCAUAUGUUUAUAGAAAUGGGAUGCAAUCUACAGGAAAAAAAUAUUUGGGUAUAUGCAAUGACUUGUUUAUAAACAUAGGGGUGGAGGAACAAAUUAAUCUUUUUACUAUAUAUAAAAUAAAAUGUUUUAUAUAAAUCUUUUAAGUACAAAGAAAGUAUUUAAAAAAGUUGGACAUUCAGUUUUAAAGAUGAAAUGCUCUAUGAGUUCCACUCUCUUUACAGACAAUUUUGCACAUAAGGGACACCUUCGUUUCCAUGUUUUGAUGUUUUUACAGAAACUAAAGCAGUACCUGAGAGCCUACCGGAGGGUGACAAAGGUUUUGUAAAGAGUAUUUAUACUAAAGUAUGAGAGAGAGUGGGUCUUACAGGGUCAUUGUCCCCACUUGCCAGUAGACUAUUUGCACUUGUCUUAGAGAUAGUAUCCUAACAUGUGGCGGUGUGCAAUUUCCAGGUGUUCCUUUUGCACACGAUUGGAGCAAAUAACUGCUAAGAGCCACUAGGUGAUGAAUUAGUACCACUGAAAGAGACUACAGGGAUUUGAAUCAGAAAUUACGAUUAUAACCAUACAAGUAAUACUGUAUUAUCAAAUGGUCAAACAAUGAUGUUAUUCCAUUUUGGUAUGUUAUAUGAAUAUUAAAUCAUCCCCAGCAGCACUUUAUAUCUAAUCACUGUACAAAUUAAAUAGUCAAUCAAUUAAAGGUGAAAAAAAGAAAGUAAAAAGAGGUUGUUUUCCCAUUAGGCUUGGAGAGUGGGACAUUCACUCUUCUAGUUGACUCUUCUGCUCUGAAUGAGGUGAUGCAGUUUCAUGUCUGUAUGCAGCCCCUCUUUAUGUUGUGGUAUUAGUUGUUAGCGACCAUGUUCAGAAUUGGCCUUCUUGAGAGCUAAUGCAAAGGUGCUUGUCAUUCACCUGAUCUUGUCUAUUGUACUUUUACAUCCUCUUUUAGGGCUCCAUCGUCAAGGACUGCAUACAGUAUGCCUUUCUCCACAGCAUCGUGUCUGCAGCUUUUUGACAAUAUAGUAAUGCUUUCAGUAGAGUAAUACCUAGUAUCAGUUUUUGAAUUAAUUCUCAUUAUCAGUACAAUUGAAAGGGAUUUAAAGCACAAACCGGCUGCUCAUCUACCAUUAGUACAUAAUAUCAAAUUUAGUUAUCUGUGACUAUUUACAUAGGGAACACAAAAGGUGUCACAUAUUAGAAUUUUCAUAUAAAUUAUUGUGAAUUCAUCAGAGUUUAUUUAUUCUAUCUUAUUCAUUUUGAGGUUGAUUUAAGUAAUCAUGAACAAAAACAGGAUUUUGUACAAACUAUUGUGCUCUCUGUGGAACUGAAGUUUAAUUUAUUUUUGUACUACACAGCAUGGAUUUGUUGACAUUUUAAUUUUGCUAUAAGUGUGUGAGAUCACAAGUUGCUGUGAUAUUUCAUUUUUAAAUUGUGAACUUUGUACAAUUCUUGUCAUGCUGGAUGUUGACACAUCUUACUCUGAAUAAAGAAAAAUUGUGUUGCCACA